AUGUUUGGACAGCUUUAUAUUCUCGGCAUCUCUCUUGUGACCCUUUGGACCCAGGGCGCCUACGGAGCUGCAUUUAUUCAGCGGGAUCCAAUAGCACAAAGUAAAGUUGCAUUUUCCACCCUAUUACAGAAAAGAGAUGGGCUGCCAACGGCAAGUGAUGUAUUCACACCACUUUCUAUAACUUCUCCGAUUACGGAAGACGGCCGUUGUGGUGUUGAUUUUGGCACCAGGUGUGAAAACGAUGAAUGCUGUUCUGGUGAAGGAUGGUGCGGAACCGGAUACCUCUACUGUUCCGCUCCAGCUUGCCAGUUCGAAUAUGGGCCUCGCUGCGAUGCCAACAGGCGACCUGAAGGAGCUGACACAGAAGAUUGGCCCCGGUACCAGGUGGGUUCUGUACCAUAUGGAGAAGCCAUUUUUCAUUGUACCGAACCAGGUACUGUGGCCUUGACCUUUGAUGAUGGUCCAUGGGAAUACACUGAAGAGCUGUUGGAUAUUCUUGAGUCACUGACGCUCUAUUUGCAGGAAAAUGGCGUCAAAGCUACUUUCUUCAUCACAGGCCGCAAUCUGGGGAAAGGAGCCAUCAAUGACCCAUCCACAGAUUGGCCUCGUCUCAUUCGUCGAAUGAAGGCGGAUGGCCACCAAAUCGGCAGCCACACGUGGUCUCAUCAACGCCUUCCAACGGUUGGCAAAUCGCGUCUCCGUCAACAGAUGAUUUACAACGAAAUUGCUAUUGCCGACAUUCUUGGUGUUUUCCCGACAUAUAUGCGCCCACCCUACUCUGCUAGCGACGAAGAUGUUGAUAGAUGGCUCGGCGAGCUCGGAUACCAUAUCACGUAUUUUGAUCUCGAUACAGAAGGUUACUUACAUGAAGAGGAAAUUGACAUCUCCGAAGACAUUGCUAGGAGAGCCUUUGAUGAAAAGGACUUAGAUACUGACUCGUAUUUACACAUCGAGCAUGACAUAGUAUCCGAGUCGGUACACACUCUUAUCCCGUACACAAUCGAUCUUCUCUACAACGCCGGUUUCAAACCCGUAACUGUUGGCGAGUGCCUAGGGGAUCCCGAAGAAAAUUGGUAUCGAAGCCGAGAUGAAGAAAGCGAGAAGCGCUCAGUGGGGUUGGAUCAAGUUAAUGGAUCUCACCCCAUCACCAAUGAAACUCUCCCUGUUCUCUCUCCCGUACCUACUACAGACGGUCGUUGUGGCAGUGCUUUUGGCAACACCACCUGUUUGAAUCAGAAGAUAGACAAUUGCUGUUCCAAGAAUGGCUGGUGCGGAUCGACUGAAGAUCACUGCUUAGCUGGCUGUCAGGAGGGUUUUGGUCGCUGCGGAAUGUUUGGCUAA